CGUUCUUACCCUCUUUCUUGCUUUCUUUACAUCCCAAUCCGAUCCUGUAAAUACAAGCAUCUACUCUUUUCUCAAGAAUUAGUUUGACUUUGUUUUCGAUUCGUUUUGUCGCAUCUAUUUGACUUUUGAAUCUUGACGGUAUUCUUGUAUUACAUACUUUACUCUCAUAGUGUGUUAAGCUGUUUCCUAUUUUCUAUAAGUUCUUCUUUGCAAAUUCUUUGAAACGUGAUUCUAAAUUAUUACCUUACGAUCCUUACAAUAUGAGCACUUCUAGUAAUCACUCAACUGUCUCAAAAUCCAAAGAUACGGGAUUACAAUGUCAUAUUACUUCUUCUACCAAACUUACUUUUAACGAGAAAUCAUCUUCCGUGGCUUGUAACUCUUGCCUAAAAUUGAUCUAUGACCAGGUUUAUUUUCAUUGUAAAGACUGCCUAGACUUUGAUGUCUGUCGAUCAUGUUACAGCAACCAGAAAUUUACUCACUCUUGCCUAAAAGCGUCUUUUAAGAAGGUCUCACAGCCGCUAAUGAACGCGCCUUCGGCUUUGUCUUCUCCAUUUAUGAGGUCCUCGGAUUUUAUGUAUUCCAUAUGCGACGCUUGUGAGCAGCCUAUAAAAAAUUUGCGUCUCAAAUGCGGUACUUGUGAUGAUUAUGAUCUUUGUAGCUCUUGUUUUCCUUCGAAUGAGCAUACAAAAACUCAUAGUUUUGUUCGUAUAACGAAAUCGUAUCCCAAUGGGAUUCAAUGCUUCAAAUUUCCUCCUUGUUUUUCUUCUGAAACACAAUUUUCUAAUGCAUCGCUGGUUCAUCGUUUUUCUCAAUGUGAUUCUUGUCAUGCUCAUCCCAUCGUGGGAAACCGCUACAAAUGUCUAGUGUGUAAGGAUUCUGACCUUUGUUUUGAAUGUGUAAAUCAUACCUUUCAUUACAAUCACGAAAUGAUUUGUUUAACCCGCUCUUCUACUUCGUGUUACCCAUCAGUUUCUAAGCCUAAAGAACUCAAUUAUGAUUUCCAGCUCAUACAAGACUAUCUUGUUCCCGCAAAUCCUGGACCAAACUCAUCCUGUAUCAAAAUCUGGCAAUUGAAAAAUAUUUCUUCUGAUGUCUGGCCUACGCCUUUGUACUUGAAAUUUAACGGUGGUGAUAAGCUGAUCAGUGACGAUAACAGCUCUACUUUACCUAUAACACGCCAAGUCCAACCAGGUGAAAGUGCGCUAAUUGCUUUAUCUAUAAGAAUCCCAUCGGCUGAAGUAUGUAAGAAAACCUACUUCUCUUUUUUCCAACUGGUCACCGAGUCUGGCAGUGUCUUUCACAAAAACCUUUGCUUUUUUUAUACGAUCCCGAAAAUUAAUGAUUAAUGUUUUCGAGUUACCCUUAUACUACAUGCGGACUUAAAUAUACGCGAUAUUAAGGGCUUGUAAUGAAAAUUUAUAAUAAAUCAACUUAAUUUCGUUAAAGAAGAAACCACAAUUUUACUUAACUUACUUCAUUAGCCCUUAGUUCAAUUCAUAUUGUCUAACAUUACUUAAUGUGGUGUUUCGGAGAGAUGCAAAACAUUAUAUAUUCGUUUAAUCACUAUUAUACAUCCAAAACUAUUUCAGUAAGAA